AUGUCGACACACACGUACAAGAAGAAUGAGGACGGGGAUGCAUCUGUCUUGCCAGACAAGAUGACCGUUUACCAGGAAUGUUUGCAGGCUUGCAACGCAAGUCCAAUACAGGCGAAGAAAUGCCGUAAGCUCUUGUCGAGACUUUUGCGUUUGUUCUACGCUGGUGAGACGUUUCCAACGGUUGAGAGCACGAACUUGUUCUUCUCGAUCUCCAAGUUGUUCCACAACGAUGAUCCGUCUCUUAGACAGAUUGCAUACUUGGCCAUCAAGGAACUCUGCUCGAUGUCGAACGAUAUCUUGAUGAUCACUGCAUCAAUCAUGAAGGACAUUCAAAACGGUGAUGCAGUGUACAAGCCAGAUGCGGUCAGAACAUUGUCUAGAGUUUUGGACGGUUCCACCAUCCACGCUGCGGAAAGAUUGUUCAAGAACUGUAUAGUUGAUUCCAACCAGUCGAUUUCUUCUGCUGCUCUGGUCUCCUCUUACCAUCUGCUCCCUGUUGCCAAGGAUGUGGUCAAGAGAUGGAGCACUGAAGUUCAGGAAUCUAUCACUGCCAACAAGGUGUUCCCAACCUCUUCUUACACUCAGCAUGAAUUCACCGGUUACAACAAGACACCAAACUCAACCUUCAUUCACCAGUAUCACGCUUUAUCUCUCAUAUACCAAUUUAGAAAUAACGAUAAGAUGUCACUCAUCAAGAUGAUCCAACAAUUGACCGAAAGGAAAACUUUGACCAAUUCUCUGGCCCAAAUCCAAAUGAUCAGGUUUGUUGAGAAGUUGAUUCUCGAUGACCCAAACUUUGUUCACUCCUUAUGGCCUCUUUUUGUCAACUGGCUGAAUAACAAGAGUGACAUGGUUGAAUUGGAGGCCGCCAAGUUGAUUUUGAACAACACUUCCAAAUUCAAUUCCGAACAACAGAUGCAUGCAAUCACCACAUUACAAUCCCUUCUCGGAGUUCCAAGAACCGUCACAAGAUUUGCAGCUGUCAGAGUUCUUAACAAAGUUGCGAUCAAGGACGCUGACAAGGUUGGUGUCUGUAAUCUAGAAUUAGAGAGAUUGAUAAGCGACCAGAGCAGAUCCAUCUCAACUUACGCGAUCACGACCUUGUUGAAAACAGGCAACAUUGAAAGUGUUGACAGAUUGGUCCAAGCCAUUUCUAACUUUAUGGACGAAAUUUCCGACGAAUUUAAGAUCAUUGUUAUUGACGCCAUUAGAACAUUGUCCUUGAAGUUCCCGGCCAAGUACAAAUCUAUGCUAACGUUCUUGAAUGAUGUUUUGAGAGAAGAAGGUGGCUUCAACUUCAAAAAUUCUAUUGUCGAGGCCAUUUUCGAUAUUAUCAAGUUCAUUCCUGAAUCAAAGGAAAUUGCACUUGAAAUGUUGUGCGAGUUUAUUGAGGAUUGUGAAUAUACUGAAUUAUCUGUUAGAAUUUUACACCUAUUGGGUAACGAAGGCCCUAAAACUGCCAAUCCUUCUACCUAUGUCAGAUACAUCUACAACAGAGUUGUUUUGGAGAACUCCAUUGUUAGAUCAUCUGCAGUUAUUGCGCUCUCUAAAUUUGCAUUGAUCAACGACAAAGAUUUGAAUAAGAGCAUUAAGAUCUUAUUGAAGAGAUCAUUGCAAGAUGUCGAUGAUGAAGUCAGAGAUAGAGCUGUCUUGUCGUUGAAGUUACUGGAAUCCAAGGAUUUGGUCGAAGCCAAGUCUUAUUUAUUACCUCAGUUCAAGUAUUCGUUACCAAUCUUGGAGCAAGAAUUGACCAAGUAUGUUAAAAACCCAGACAAGUCAUCUUUCAAAUCGUCAUUUAGCAUUGAUUCUGUUCCUAAGAUGUCUGAAGAGGAAUAUAUGGCUGUUCAAUACAAGGAGAAGCUGACCGGCGGUAUGGAUGAGGUUAUAGUUGAUGGCAGUGACGAUCUCAACUCGAAGAACAACGAAUCAAAUGAUGAUGUUAAGGGCCUUGACAAGAUUUCAGACGUCACCAAAUACACUCUACUACAACAACAGUACCAGAAUGAAUUGUCUGCAUUACCUGAGAUUGGAGAUUACGGUACAUUGUUGCAUUCAUCUGCUCCUGUUGAGCUGACUGAGAAAGAGACCGAAUUUGUUGUUACUGCGAUCAAGCACAUUUUUGCAAAACAUGUGGUUGUGGAAUUCAGCAUUGAAAAUACUCUUGAUGACAUUAUUCUCGAAAAUGUUAACGUAGUAACACAACUGGACACUGAAGAAUAUACUGAAGAGCUCACAUUACCGAUUGAGCUGUUAAAUCCUCACAGUAAGGGUAAGGCUUAUAGUUCCUUCACUAGACCUGAGGAUGAUGAUGAGAAAUUCAUGUUGACCACUAUGAACAACACAUUAGCAUAUCUAACCAAGGAUGUGGAUGCUGAAGCUGACGAAGAAGGCUUCCCUGACGAGUAUCAAAUUGAAGAUUUAUCUCUUACCCCAGGCGACUUUGUUAUACCUACGUACAUAAGCAAUUUCACUAACGUGUGGGAUGAGCUAACUAGCGAGGAGAGUGCAGUUUACAAUUUAGGUGACGAAGAAAGCGUUGACUUGCAACAAGUUGUUUCCAAGCUUAUUGUCACAAUGUCUAUGAUGCCUAUCGAAGGUACCGAGAUUGUCACCAGCGGAAAAAACCAUUCAUUGAAACUAUUUGGUAAAAGUAUUUCUGGUGGUAGACUUGCUGCAAUUGUUAAAUUUGCCGUCAGCUCGAAGGGUGUUAUGAUGAAAAACGUUGUCAAGGGUGAAGAAGCCGAGCUUGUAGAACUCGUUGCGAACUACUUGGAGUAG